UCGGUGAAAACAUCUCGGACAUUGAAGAAUUUAAGCGUUGGUUCCAAGGACUCUGGGGCAAACAAGCAACAAAUUCCCAUUCGUCUCUCUGUACAACCUUCCUCUAAGCCCGCUUCGAAGGCAUCACGCCCACCAAUCGCAUCCACCAGUGCCAACCCUCAACCUCCUGUUAUUCCGCGAGUUCGAAAGAGGCGCCUGAUUGAUACCCUUGCGGCACAGGCGGAGGAAGAAACUACUUCAUCUGAAGAGGAACCAUCUUCCCAAAUAUCCGAGUUCCUGGAUAUAGAGCCACCGCCAGCUUUGCAAAGCUCCAGCCCACAUACGACAUCGUCUCUGGCUCAACAAAAGCUUAUCGCCCGUCCCGCCCUGGCCACCAGGAAGACAGGCCCUAAGUUCACGUACAGCCAGCAGAGAUCAAUGUUGGCUGAUGAUGACCCCUUGCUGGAAGGGGCUGGAUUUGGCGGCCUUGGGGGUGGUUCAACGGGCGGAGCGCUGUUUAACUUUGGGCGUCUGACGAAGAGCUCCACCAUCAACACAUUUUCAUACCUUGAUGAAGAUGAAGAAACCGCCAAUACCGGUGCUGUUCGGAGUAUCCACGAGCUGAGGCAAGCCGGCGCAAACAGUCGCUUCGCUGAUGAAAUGGAUGAUAUUCUCGAUAGGGUCGGCUCACCGUCAGACGAGACCUCGUCUUUGCGGAGAGGCGCAUUGCUUGAGGUAGCCCAGAAGAUGAAGCACAAAGACUUCCGGCUCCAGUUCCGCAAUCACAGCGGCGGGGAGAGCUUGUUCAAGUCUCUCGGGAAUGAAACAGAUCUGGUCUCUGGAUAUGCAAUCUUGGCCAUAGUCACGACACUUCUCGCCUCUACUACCUCCGGUCUCCUAAUCCAACGGCUUCGCUCACAAGGCCUUGCCACCCUCGUGGGGAAGCUCCUUGAGCAUACAGCAGACAUCGCCCAGCUAGGCAAGGACCGGAAGCAGAAUGUUUCGAGGAAUGGCCAGCUGACAUUGGCGGCAAUAAAAUCCUCGAUCCUGGGGCUGCCUGUUUGGGAGCCUUUCUCGCCAACGUCGUUGUCGCCCCGGACCCUGGCGCUGAAAUGUCUAGACUUACUUAUGCGGCAACCAGUCCACGCGUCUGCUGAGGAUGAGUUGCUUUCCAAGGCAGUUACGGAUCGCUUGUUCUCGAUCCUGGCUGAUGGGGUCUCGAAUUCGGCGUGCUGGGACUUGUCAAAUCAACAAGAGUCCUGCGACUUAUACUUCGCACUCUAUGUCCUCGAAGGCCACUCAGCCAGCGCCAUGCAGUCCCCGCUACGCUCGGCAUGGACCAAACAAUACGCCCCGAUUGCGGCAGAUGUUUUGGAAACCGCCCUUAAACAACCCACUGAACAGCUCGGCGACCUCGCCAGUCUGAUCCUCAGGAUAUCUCUCAACAUCACGAACCACAACGGCGAGGCUUCUCAGCUGUUUGUUAACAAGGGUCUACUCAAGCGGCUUGCCAUUUCGGCCUGCGGCGCCUUCGGAAUGGUUGUGUGUUCGAUGAAGGUCGACUCGUUUAUGUCCAAAGUCCUAGAGUCUCUCAUCAUGAUGCUGGGAGCAAUGAUCAAUUUCUGUGUAUACUAUCCUCCUGCGUCAAACAGCCUCGAAGAACGGGGCGAUGGCGCGGGAUCGCCCCUGAACGAGCUGAUCCGCAUUUUUGCCGACAACCACUCCAAAACAGCAGAGGCCGACUCGAUGGAGAAGACUCAGCUCAAUGUUGCUUUGGGCUAUCUUUCAAUCCUCCUUGGUUACCUAUGUCUGAGCGACUCGAUCAGGGACAGAUUCGUCUCUGUUCAUCCCAAACGCAACAUCCAGCCGCUGAUUGACUCUCUCAAUGAAUUCAUUGCUUUCCAUCGCAAGGUUGCCGAGGCACAACCUGCAGAGAGCUCCGGAUCUGGUUCCCUCACUCGUUUACAGAAUCUGGCGGAUCAGCUCUCAGCUCUGCGUUAAAGGCCAUUGGACUUCUGCUGUAUAUCUUUCUCAUGGGGCGUUGGGGAGUUGAGUGAGGCUGGGCAAAUACAUGCCUUGCAUAAGGGGCGGCGGUUCCGACGAGUCUUGGUUUUGAUGUUAUGGGUGUUGUGACGGACCUUGCUAUGCUUGGACGAACCGAACGUUUACAUGACUUGGAACAAGGACAUGACACAGGCACGAGGGAAUGAUAAUGGCAGAGACCUAGGUUCUCCGGAGAUGCAAUGGCACAAUGAUCUUAGGGCUCCAACGGCAGUUCGGCAUUGAAUAGAAAUGUGACUCUCCAAUACACUCAUAUCUAUGGGUGGCGAGCGAACAUCCACUCGAGAGGCCAUCACACUCCUUGUGGUUUGGGACGGACCGAGUCACAUGCUGCUAUCCAUGCGGCCGUCAACAAAAC